UAAGGAACCACGGAAACAGCUGAAGCCCACGAUGGAGAAGACACGGAUGCUGGUGCUGUGUGUGUGUUUGACCUUCAUGUCUCUGAGCUGCACCCAGGAGCUAAACGCUACAGUGACAAGCAACGACACUGACUCAUCCGGUACCACCCCACCUGCAUCAUCAACAACAACACAACUGUCCGACCACACCUCGACUCAUGUGACCUCCGGCAGCAACAACAACACUGUAACCACCACGGCCUCCUCUCCCUCCACCUCAGCUCUGUCCACGGCCUCCUCUCCCUCCACCUCAGCUCUGUCCACGGCCUCCUCUCCCUCCACCUCAGCUCUGUCCACGGCCUCCGUUACACCCUCCACCUCUCGGCCUCCUUCAACUGCAACGACUUCGGCUACGACCACAAAAGGAGGGUCUGCCUCUUUGACGGGCUCCUGCAGUCACUUGUUAGUGCCGGUUGUUUCCGUCCUCCUCUACUGUGCAGAGGGCUGAGAGGGCACAGAUUCAUCUCUUCAAAAUCACAACCUCUUUUUUUUAAUCCGCUUAAAAAACAGUGACUGUCACACUUUUUUUUUGUUAUGAAGUGCUUUGUUUGCAAUGAGCUUAUUUCCACUUUUGAUCACAAAGGUUCCACAAGAUAUCAAUAAACGAUGUACAACCACGUGCUUCACAUAUCUAAACUUUAUAUCACAAAGAGGGAAACAGAAACACAAGGAUAAGAUGUUUCUCAACAGGUUUUAAAGUAUUAAACUGGAAUUGGGGGCGCUGGUGGCGCCCUUGGGUAGUGCGCGCGCCCCAUGCAUGGAGGCUGUAGUCCUUCAAGCAGGCGGUCCAGGUUCAAAUCCAGCCUGUGGCUCCUUUCCUGCAUGUCAUUCCCAACUCUCUCUCUCCCUGAUUUCUUGCUCUAUCCACUGUCCUGUCCCUCCAAUAAAGGCCCAAAAAUAAAUCUUUAAAACUGAAUUGAAUUGCUUUUUUAUUCAAAACACAUUUUCCUAAAUAUAUUAGUGGAAAACUUGAGUGCAGAAUAUAAAAAAACAUCCCUCCAGAAACUGGAGGGAGGUAUGAGAAGAACUGGAUGAAUCCUGUAUAAAGUUAACUUCUUACAACAACUGAUAAGAACGGUCGAGCUCAUGCUGCCACCCUAUUUGCAUUUUUAGUUUUGAAAAAAUGAAGUGUCAUUCAAUGCAUGUCAUGUUUUUUGUUUUGUGUCUUCUGUUUUCAAUCGGGUGAUCUCUGCAUACUGACUGGUCCAACAUGAUUUGAGAAAUAAUAAUGAGCAGGUUUCAU